AUGAAUUCCCAAACCGUUGGCCACGGCUUUAUAAGCUUCGGUCAGCCGAUUCCCGUGUCUCAACUGGCAGAAGGGAGUCGGACGACUGCAGCACAACUCGAUUCAGCUACGACAACCAUCUCCGAGCCCGUCACCCUGCUCAACGCAACGUCGGGCCUGAUCGCGACCGUCCAGCAUGUGCAACGAAAAAUAUCCCUCCACUCGGCCCUGCUGCAGCGGACUGGGGCGUCACCCGCCCUCCUGGGAGACCGGCUCCACCAAUUCAAGAAAUCAAUAGCAUCGCUGCGGGACCAUCUAGAGCUGGCAGCCGGGUCGGAGAUAUCCACGGCAUCGCAGCUCGACCUCGAUACACUGAUUGUUUCGUUGACGGCUUGCAUAUUGACCCUGUCCAGUCUGGACGACCAAGUAGAACAAGCGUGUCGAUCCGUGCAGAGUAGCAAGGCAGCUGCGGCGCCGGCGUCCCAGUGCAUGCAAAGAAGCACGCACAGAAUCAGCAUACUGAACGACCAGAUAGCCCGACUGGCCAGCGCUCUGCGACUACGCCGGAGAGAAGCCAUGGCGGAAUAUAUCCUGGCCAAAGACUUUGCAGCCCAUAUGCUGCAAACGGACUCGCUACUAUGCACCCGCAUGAGGUGUCUAGAAGACCAUUUCAGCACGGUGCCCGCGGAGCUCGUCAGGGCGGGCCGCUCCCCUCCAGGAUAUAGCGUUCCGAAGACGGCCGAGCAACCGCCCGCUUAUGGUAGCGAUUCGAAAGGCUCCGUCCAAGUCCGGGCGCAGUUUUGGUCGGUAUUCUCGGGCUGCAGGCUAGGGGAUAUCGGGGGUGUAACCCGGGUUUGUCUGCCGGUGAACUGCGACGAGCUCUCGACCGGAGAGCUAUAUUCUGGCCGGCGGAAUCGUGGCGUGGGUCAAGGCAGUGGGAGCUUGCGUAGACUGUGGCACAAGUCGGGAGCAAGAGCCUGGGGGCAAAAGAACAAUAGCUGGUGA